GGCGAUUUGAACGCUCAAGGUUACACCGAAGGGUUGUUCUGCGUUUCCAUUAGAAUACUGUUCUGCAUACUUCAAUGAACGUCUGAUGAACAAGUUUCUGUCGGCGUCUCACAUUGACUGGCUUCUAAUGGAUAAAUCUACAGUCGACCCGAACUUAAAUUCAAUCGAACAGAAUGCAGAUAUAUUGCCGGAAUCUGUUGAUUUCUUUCCAGAUGUGUGUAUAGAUACUCACAGUGAAGAAUUGAGUGCAAAUGACUCUUGCAUAAACCAAUCGGAGGUAGUUGAUAGGGUUUCAUUCGCCGACUCCGAAUAUCCUGAAUCAUGGGAAGCACCUGUUUGUACUUCUGGGACCACUGAACAACCUUCAGUUGUAUCUACAAAGUGUUCAGAUUUGGAUAAAGAACUCAAGGAGUCAUCUCAAAGUACUCCUAACAUCGUGUGUAGUAAUAGUGAAGUUUUCGGUAACAUGAAAACCCAGGAAAUGAUUUCUUCACAGCAUUGUUCACUGAAGGAAACAUGCGAAGAUAUUUUCCCAGGCAGUGAAAAACACUGUGUUACAACUGAAUACUCUCAGAAUUCCACCACCACCUUAGAUUCGUGUAAUAAAUGCCCUUCAGUUUCUCACGAAAUGUCAGUUAGACCUUCAUCCACCAAUCAGACAAUUCAUUACACAUCGUCAGAAACAAGGACUAAUAACUCAUUUGGGCUGUCUCAGUCUUCAAUACCUAGUUAUGGUCCAUCAAACUGCGGAUCUGAUUUUUCCAGUGUUGAGGUUGAUUCAUUAGCUUCAUCGUCAGAACGUUCGACGGUAUUCGCAUCUCCUGCAAGUUUACAGGCUUUAGAUCCACUAAAACCGCGUAGAAUGUCGGAAGUUGAUUUUCAAAGAGUAGAAGAACUCAGAACGAUAUCUCCGAGUUCUAGUCCUACUUGUCGUAGACCGGGUCCUAUGAAAGUGUCAAGUCCCUUGUCUUCCUCCAUGGCUCAUCAUUGCAGCCUCUGUGGAAAGCAGUACCGUCAUGUUGCUUCUUUAAGGAAUCACAUGCGAAAGCAUACAUCAGGCAUAUUAACCUCAAAGCGAUACAAAUGUAACCAUUGUGUUUAUUCAAGCCAGUACCAUCGAAACGUCAUUAAGCAUAUGGAUGCAACUCACCGUAGUCAUGAGGCGUUUUCGUCAAUGAACACAUCCCAUUUCUCUGGCCUAAGUGCUGAUCCAUCCAGCACACAUGAGGAUAUGAAACCAAAUCUUAUCAAUUCUCGUGUUUGGAUCCCCUACACUAAAGUAGAACAAAAUUUUUAUAGUACAAUGUCAAGCGCGACCACUUCAAAAGACUCAACAGGUUUAGUAAAGGUAGAACAAUCAGAUGGUUUUCCAAACUCAAAUAUAGUUCCUCACUGUACAUCACAUCAAACACAACCAUCUUAUGAUCCUAGGAUAUUAAAUAGCCACUUUGAGGAUUAUAACGCAAUCAAAAAUUCAGGAUGUGUCCCUAAUAUGAAACUUUCACUUUAUCGAGUGUUGGAACGUAACAAGCUUGAAAAUGAACCAUAUAGUAAUAACAGUAAUAAUAACAAUAAUAAUUCCAUUCAACAACCUACGACAAUGGUGUGUAGUAGAACACCACCAGAAAUCCACCAAGCAUCAGACCGACAACAACAACAACAACAGCCAUAUUGUACUCCUCAAUUGAUGAAUAAUUUUACUCCAAUGGAUACUACAAAUUAUGCCUCAAAUGAUGAAUCCUUUUAUCAUCAAAAUUCUGAUGAAUAUCCUAGGAGUAAUGAUGUUUAUUCAUUCCCCAUGUCAAGUUUACCACCAACACAGUCGUCACGGGAAUUUUCUUCUUUUUCUUCUACUUCGUCGUCCUCAGAUAAUAAUAAUAAUAAUAAUAAUAAUAAUAAUAAUAAUAAUAAUAAUAAUAAUAAUGAGAGCAGAUCAAUAAUAUUACAUCAAACUCUAUUUCGAAGCACAGUGAAUCAUGAGAACACACCAACUUUGCAUAAUAAUAACAAUAAUAAUCAACAGAAUAGUUUCCUUGUAAAUAAAAUCAAUAAUAAUAAUAAUAAUAAUACAGUAGGUACAGCGGGGGCAGAUGGCCUCUAUAUGGAGUCCAGCUAUCCUUCUCCUCCUCAGCCUCAUCCUCCUACUCGUCCUGCUUCUCCUUCUGGUUUGUCGACAACUCAAUCAAUUCAUCAUUAUCGUCCUGAAGAUUCAGACAAGUUGUCAUCAUCACAUAAUGAUGAAGCAUCAGCAGAGCAAGCGAACUGUUGUUUACUGAUGACAAAUCCUCCACAAUAUUCUAGUGUAUCCUCGUCUCAUCAAAAUGAAUCACUUCCUCCCCCUGCUAUUGUUAGCAGUAGUAUCUGUUGUAGUAAUAUAACUGAAGCGGAUGUAGUUGAACAACUUUUUUUAAACAAAUCAGAUAGUUCAUCCGAUAAUCUGUUGGAUCAUAUCUUAUGCGAACGAAUUGAAGAAGCAUCGAAAGACAAUGAUCAAUUGCCUUGUAAUUCUACAGCAGAUGAUAUGAAUAUAAUAACCGGUGGUGAUGCUGUUCUCUCAGAGACAGAUGCAUUUUUCUGCGAUUUACAAGAAAUCUUAGCUCGAGAUAUGCCUAUGCUAAUAAUGAUGGCGACAUCUUCUACGCCAAGAUGUAAUGGUGGUGGUGGUGGUGAUUCUUCGUCAUCUUAUUCAUCUUCUGAUCUAGUUGUAGAUGCAGUAAAAGAAAUGAUGAUUGAAUCAAAGUCCCCGACAGGUGCUGUUGGUGGUGGUGGUAUGCCUGCAGUUGGAGGUAGUGGGGGUGCUGGUGCUGGUGGUGCUUGUAAACUGAUGACAAGUAAUUCAUCCUUACCAAGUACUGAUUCAGGACAUGAAUGUUGGAGUAGUAGUAGCAGUUGUAGUGCUGGUCCGAAUGGCACUUCUGUAUGGGGUGGAAGUGCUGGUAGUCAACAAGAGCCUGUCACUCCAAUGAUGAUGAUGAAAGUCUCUUCACCAUUUUCAUCUUCAAAUCAUCAAUAUUCAUCUUCAUCUCAUGUCAAUCAUUCAUUAGGGGUUACAGAACAAGUUGGAGAUGAAAACCACCAACUCCAACAACAACCGCAGCCGCACAAUUUAAUUGAUUAUGAUUCACAUGAUGAUCAACUUACUGCUAAUCAAUACACAAAAUCAGCUUAUGGUAUAACUGAAAGUGUUGUCGACGACGAUGCUGGUGUGUCAGUUAGUCCACGUGGAUCGUCGUUUGCUGCAUCACAACAGAUGGGUAAAAUUAUUUGUUCAAACAAUACCACUACUACUACUCCUACUGGAGGUCAAUCUCAAUCAUUUCAUAAUUAUUCAACUUAUGGCUCUAAUUAUGCACAGAAUCCCCUAUCUCCUGUUUAUUGUCCUGAAGAAAGUACACAUUCACAAUUCCCCCCAAAUGAUGAAUAUACCGCUUCUACUAAUCGUCUUCUACUACCUGGAUAUAAAUCUUCAGAUAAUCAUCCGGUCAUCGGAGCAGCCGGAGCAACAGCAGGAGUUAAUCAUCAACAGAACUUUACUCCCUACUUUCAAAAUCAUAAUUCACAUCUGUCAAAUAAUGAAAUAACACCAAGUGCAAAUCAAGAGGCUGUAUUCAACUGUCGACAAAUGAAUCAUCAAUAUCCAUUCACUUCAUUGUCGUCCUCGUCGUAUCCAUCAGAAUCAACUUAUCAUCAUCAUCAUCAUCAACAACAUCAUUCCACCAACAACUACUAUGUUCAAUCAAAAUAUCCAAAUCAUAAAAUAGCAGGCAGUGAGAUGGAUAAACGACAGCUGCCAUCGUCGUUUAGAAGCUGUUAUCCUCCUCCUCCACCUCCACCUCAAGGACAAGAACAAGUCUAUUGGCAAUCAAAUACCAAGUAUCGUUCGUCAGGAUCUUGUGAACAACAACAGCAGCAACCGCAACAACAAAUCCCUAUGAAUUCAACAAUCCCAUAUCGUAAUAUGCUGGUGAAUGGACGUGAAUCAUCAUUUCCAUAUGAAAAUUCAAUGUCUUAUUCUCAAUACAAUUUUCCUGCAUCAUCAACACAAGUUAUGCAUUCUGCAGCGUUUAAUAAUACUAAUACUACUACUACUAAUAAUAAUAAUAAUUGUAACGAUAUGAACAAAGUGAAUACAUUUCAACAUUUUGAACAACAUUUCCCUAUACGAAAUACAAAUUGUCUUACAAAAUAUUCACAACAGUAUCCUGAUAAUGAUAAUAAUAGUAACAAUAUUACUACUAACAAUAAUACUGGAUAUAAUCGAAAUUUACCAGUAAAUCAUCAGUCAAUAAUUGGCGGUAAACGCUGGUCGUCAACCUCUGAAUCACAACGUUAUCCAUCAUAUAAUAAUGCCUAUAAUCCUUAUCCACCAUUGGUAAAUUACCCAGCUGGACAACCAUCAAUACAACAUUCCAAUUUACGAUCGAAAUUAGACAAUACCGAUCCAUGCAUACAUCCCAUGAAUAGUCAUCGUAUUCUUCAUCCUCCACAAAAUAAUAACAGUAAUAAUAUUAAUAAUAACCACUAUGGACAAUAUUUUUCAAAUCAUCCCCUUCCUGCUCCUACUCCAGCUCCUGUACCGCCAUCGCUGCCACUGCCGCCGUCUUCUACUUCUCAGGUUUCACAAUAUUAUUCAUCAUCAUCAUCAAAUUCUCUUCAUUAUUAUUAUCAUCAGCCCCAACAGCCUCGUUGUCCUUCAAGUCAAUAUUCACAAUUUCAUCAACCGCCACCGCUGCCGUCGACAACACAAUAUGAUGAAAAUUACCACCAUCCAGUUAGUGGUGAUGGUGGUGGUGGUGAUAAUAAUAGACGACUACCAUUCCCUAAUGAGGAGAACAAACUAUCUAUUAGGCCAGGAAGUGUUCGACCACCACCAAUAAAUAAUAAUACAACAAAUCAUGGUGAAUUCAUUAGCGCGAAUAAUUGGUCAUCCCCACCCCCGCCAUCAUUGGAGAAAACUUCUGUCUAUGCAGAAGAAAAUCAACAAGGUAUUAUCGGUGCUAAUAAUCACAAUAUUGUUCGACAUGGGAUCAAUAAUUCUGGUUUAUUAGCAGGAGGAGACAGCAGCACCAGUGGUGGUGGUGGUGCCGCUGCUGCUGGUAGUGGAUAUUCCUCUUUUUAUCCUUCUGAUACAAAUCUAGAUAAUCGUCAACAACAGCAGUACUCAUGGAAUUUGCCUCCACAGAAUGGAUGUUUUAAUUCAAAUGCUUCUAUAGAACAACAAGCAAUUGGUGCUGGUGCAACAUCAGAAGAUCAUAUUCGUGGUCAAUGUGAACAAUAAAUUUGCUAUAGUGCAUACAUGCUGGCUGAGGGAUAUACCGUCCUUGAGAUUGAUUGCUAAUAUGUGUGGGUGUGUCUCAUCAAUUCUUACAGAUAGGCUUCAACUUGAUAAACUCAUCUGAGAGUAGUGGAUGUGUGAACACACUAAUCAACCAAUCAAUGAAUAAGAAAGAAAAAACACCCGUAUAUAUAUAUAUUUCUGUGUGUGUAUGUGAGUGCUCAUUUUCCUUUUUUUUUACUAAUCGAUUCAGAUUUCUUCCAUCCCUUCAUUCUACAAAUUUUUCUUUGUCUUUCUUUGAGUAGAGUGUACAAUUGUAAAAGUGCCUAGUCCCCUACCCCCCCAUUCUAUACUCUUGUUGUUGAUGAGGAUGAGGAUGAUGUACAGCAUGUGUCGAUUCCGAGAUGGGACUCCUUUACCCCCUCUUCUUCUUCUUUCCUAUUCACAUGUCUGUAUGUAACGACGAUCCAUCUUGCUGGUUGGUACACACAUAUUUUGACAAUAUGUUGUCUUUUCUUCUUGUUUCUGGUCAUUUCACCUAUUUUGUGCGUGUCUGUACGUGUGUGCAUAUGGUUGGGUAAGCGAAGUGGAGUGAGAAGCAGAGAGAGAUCCCCACACAGAUGAACCCAGAUCAUCAUUUAUUACACUGCUAUACAAAUACAACAAUUACAAUCAGUUUUUUUGUUAUGUUUAUAGUUUCGUUUUGUUAUUAACAACAACUGCUUAUAGAUAUUUUUUAUUCUAAAACAAUAGACUUUUUUUGUACAAUUUUUCAUAUGUCAAUGUACACCACCACGACACAACGGUGGCGACUACGAACAACAGCAUCAUUACAUCUAGCCAAUCACUGUCCGCCUCUCCACUAACUCUUAUUUAAUGAUGAGAGUUAAUCUGUUGUUAAAAUAAUAAUAAUUAUUUUUCUAACAUGUGUUCAGCAUAUACAUCCACCCACUCAUUAUUGUUCUACCCUCUGCCUUUUUCGUCCUACCAAACAUGUGCGUGUUUUGAUUGGUUAGAUUUCUUUAUGUGUGUGGGCGUUUUUUCAUUAUGUAUGUAUGAAUAUAGUAGAUAGGGGGGUGUUUUUUGUGAUGAUGUGUCUUUCAAUUUCUAAUCUACUACUCUACAAAAUAAUUGAUUAUUAUUCUUAUUGCUAUCACUAUUAUGAUUAUUACUACUAAUAUUAGCAAUAUUAUUAUUACUAUUAUUCCUUGUAAUAUUCGUAAACAAUAGAUGAUGAUGAAGUAACAACCGCUAGUGCCUGUUAUUUUUCAAUUUGUUUGAAAAGCUUUUUCUUAUUUCUUUAUUUAUUAAUAGGUGGUUUCGUUGAUACACCACCACCACCUCGCGUCACACUCCGUCGUCCCGCUCCAUUCCCCGCCCCCCACCCCCAUCAUUUUUAUAUGACAUCUUGCUGUGUAUUUUCUUCGAUCCUCUUAACUAUCGUCACUGCGUAAAUGUGACUUCUCAACGAAAUUCAUGGUGUUAAUUAACAUUUUUGAUGACAGUUUGUUUCAUCUGUCAUAACACACAACACAUAUAUUAUCAUCGCCUUUCAUUCAGGGGUGGGAUGGGUUCUGGGAGCGUGGGUAUCUCUACUUUUUUUCUAUCUUAGUCUCACUAAUCAUUCCAAAGUAUCCGUGUAGAGCCACACACACACACACCGCCACGACCUAUCCAAGUGUCUUAUAUACGUAUACAGAUCCUUCUUUCUAUAUUUCCUUCCCUUUAAUUGGCAAAAUAUAUGAGAAUAAUCACAGUGUGUUUGAAUAUGCCAAUUAGUGAUAUAUGCUAUACUUUAUAUAUAUAUAUAUAUAUAUAUAUAUAUAUAUAUAUAUAUAUAUAUAUAUA